AUGUCCCCACUGGCCUCACUCCUGAUGCUGCUGUUGUUGUGGGGGUCAGCGUGUGCUGGGGUCUGGGGGUCCCCGGCUGGGACUGGGGCUGGCCAGCAGCCUCAGUCUCCCCAGAGGUUCCCAGUUUCUCGUUAUAGAAGCUACCAGCUGAGGGUGCAGGAGGUGGUGACGGUGCAGGAGGGCCUGUGCGUCUCCAUACCCUGCACCUUCUCCCACCCCUGGAUGGGCUGGGUCAGGUCUGAUCCAGCUCAUGGCUACUGGUUCCGGGAACAGACCGAUGUUCUCACUGGGGCUCCAGUGGCCACAAACAAUCCAGAAAGGAAAGUAGAAGAGGGGACCAGAGGCCGAUUCCAGCUCCUCGGGGACCCCAGGGACGGGAGCUGCUCGCUUCUGGUCAGAGAUGCACGGAGGCAGGACGCGGCCAAGUAUUUCUUUCAGGUGGAGAGAGGAAACAUUGUGAAAUAUAAUUAUAAAGAACACAUGGUAACCCUGAGAGUGACAGACCUGAUGCAGAAGCCUGACAUCUACGUCCCUGAGACCCUGGAGCCUGGGUGCCCAGCGACACUGCUCUGUGUGUUUCCUGGGGACUCUGAGGGGUGUCCGUCCCCCACGUUUUCCUGGACUGGGGUGGCCCUCUCCUCACAAGGAGCUGCACCACGAAACUACAUCUCCUUCUCUGUGCUCCCCGUCACCCCGAGGCCCCAAGACCACAAAGCCUGGCUCACCUGUGGAGUGGAAUUGAAAAAUGGUGUGAGCGCCUCAAACACCGUCCAGCUGAGAGUGGCCCACGCCCCGAAGGACCUUGUCAUCCACGUUUUCCUGGGAACAUCAGUUAGGGAACCUCUGGGAAAGGACUCACGAGUGGACGUCAAGAAAGGCCAGUUCUUGCGGCUGCUCUGUGAGGCUGAUGGCCACCCCCCACCCACGCUGAGCUGGGUCCUGAAUGACAGGGUGCUCUCCUGGUCUCCUCCCUCGGGGCCCAGAAGCCUGAUACUGGAGCGGCCUCAGGUGGGACCCGAGGACGCCGGGCGCUACACCUGCCGAGCAGAGAACAGGCUGGGCUCCCCGCAGCGCUGGCUGGACCUCUCUGUGCAGUACCCUCCAGAGAACCUGACAGUGGUGGUGUCCCCAACCAACAGGACAGGUAUGAAGGAGGGCAGAGAACCACAUCGUGGUCCCAGGACGACACCAGGACCCAUGGCGGACGUGGUUCUGGUGGCCGUCACGGCGGCUGCAGUCAAGACCCUGCUUCUCAGUCUCUGCCUCACUUUCUCCAUGUGA